GCUUUGUGAAGAUGUCUAAAAUCAGUUUUGUCCAGCCUGUGCAGAGAGACAAGCCCCCAAAUGUCCCUAGUCAUCAUCUCUGGGGCACUAAGGCUUUGAACACAUCAUACAGUGCCAUCUAUGGUCUGUACAGUAAUUUUGUUGGUGCGCCUCACUUCCGUGCUUGCUGUCGUCUGCUGGGAUACCAAGGCAUUGCUGUUGUCAUGGAGGAAUUGCUGAAAAUCAUCAAGAGCUUGCUCAAUGGUACCAUCCUGCAAUAUGUGAGGACAUUGAUGAAAGUGAUGCCCAGUGUAUGUAAACUACCCAGAUAUGACUAUGGCUCUCCAGGUGUACUUGGGUAUUACCAUGCUAACCUAGAACCCAUGAUCCAGUACCCAGAUCUUAGAACUGAAGUCUUCCAAACCCUGCGUGAGGCAGGCAAUGCUGUACUCUUCUGUAUGUUGAUGGAACAGAACUUGUCCCAAGAAGAAGUGAGUGACCUGAAACAUGCUGCUCCAUUCCAGAACAUUAUACCAAAACCUUUCCUCCCCCCUAAAGAAGGGGAAACAAAGAAGGAAAAAGAGACAGAGCUGAAGGGAAUAAUGAAGAAAUUGGAGGCGAGAUAUGCUGCACUGCAGGUUGUUCCUGUCAUCACAAAGUUGGGCACAAAGCAGCAAACUGACAUAGCAGCUGAGGGAGAUCUGCUCACCAGAGAGCGCCUCUGUUGUGGGCUGUCCAUGUUUGAAAUUGUUCUAACAAGAAUUAAGUCUUUCCUGGACGAUCCCAUCUGGAACGGGGACCCACCACCCAAUGGUGUGAUGAACAUUGACGAAUGCACAGAGUUCCAUAGGCUCUGGAGUGCUAUACAGUUUGUAUACUGUAUGCCAGUGGGCCACAACGAAUUCACUGUUGAACAACUGUUUGGUGAAGGCCUGAACUGGGCUGGCUGCACACUGAUAGUGUUGCUAGGGCAACAGAGGAGGUUCGAGGCUUUAGAUUUCUCCUACCACGUCCUCAAGGUCAAUAGAGUGGACCAGAAGGAUGAACCCAUUAGAGGCAUCCAAUUGAAACGUAUGGUUGACAGAGUCCGCAAGUUCCAGAUCCUCAACUCUCAGAUAUUUGCCGUUCUGAACAAGUACCUGAAGUCCAGCGAUGCAGACAACCUUCCUGUGGAGCAUGUCCGCUGUUUUCAGCCUCCUAUCCACCAAUCACACCAGACAACAAUAUAAUAGGCAUUCACAUUUACACUGUGCUGAGGUUUAGGUUAAUAACAUAGGCUUCUGGGUAGUUCUUACAUUGGUCAGAAUAAUUAUUGAAAGGCAGUUUUGAAAGGCACUAUUGUAUAUUAUUUAAAUUCUGAGUUUGCAUUAAAGAGU